AAGCCAAAACUUUCUUGAUGAGCAAAAAGGUUCCAUAAAGGAAGGGAAGAAUAGAAAACCAUAUUCUUGAUGGGGUGAUGGGACAUAGAGAGAGAGAAGAAGAAGAGGGUGUCUAGGUUCUCUUCACAUUCAGUAUGUGUGGAGAAGUGAGGACCCCACUUCUUAAACCCUAUUCUGUGUUUUCUUUCACUGUUUCUUUCUCCCAUCACAUCUCAAGUUCACGACACCAGAUUCUCUCUUUAAACUUUAUUAGAGAGGGGAGAGGUGAUUUAGGCUAAGCUAGGAAGAAAAAAAAGAAAAGAAAAGCGGAAAGAUCUUUUGUUGAAGAGGUAUAUAAAUCUUUCUUCUUUGUGAGAGUGAUUGAUAGCUCAUAGAGCAACAAUUCCACUUUUACUAGGCAAGAGAGGAAAACCCCCUUCCCCCCUUCUUUUCUUUUUUUAGAGCGAGCAAGUUGAUGCAUCUUGACUUGGGUGUUAUUCAAAAUAUAGCAAAAAGUAAUUGGUUUUGGCUUGGGUAGGUGGUUUUGACUCAGGAGAGGCAAAAGGUGUGUUCUUUCUAGCUUCUUUUAUUUGGUCCACUCUUCAUUUCUGAUUUCUCAUUUUGUUUUCCAAAAUGGUAGAUAGCUCCUUGUUUUCAAUUUAGAAUUUUGGUUUUUUUUCUUCUUCUUGUAUGGCUAUCAAAAUAAUAAGAUGAGCAGUGGUGGGGAAACGUGUCAAAGAUUACUGGUUGUGGAAAGAAAAUCACAGUGGUCUAUUUUUUUUAUGGGUCUGGAAGAUCUUGAAAUUUGGUUGAUGGUGUUGUGUUGUUGAUUUUUAGUGUAAAAUUCAAGUUGGUAUUUUAGAUCUUGGAGUAUUAGACAUGGCUUUGUUAUAAUUGGUGAGCUUGUGUGUGUCUGUGUUUGUGUGUUUGAAGAGUUCAGACCAGGGAAUGUAUAUUCAUACUUGGGGUUCUAGAGCAUAGUUCAAGCAGUUGUCUUUCAUAUUUUGUUUUUUGGAUUCUGAUAUACUAGGGAUUUGUAAGAUUUAGGAACGUGUGACAAGAAUGCAUUAGGCAAGUGUUCACUUGGGUGCGCAAUGUUAAGAGCAUUAGCUUCUAGAUUCUUGCUGAUUUCAUAUCUAGCGAUCUUGGUCACUGCAAGUGACAAUGACUUUGCGAAUUGUAAUUGCGAUGAUGAGGGUUUUUGGAGCAUACACAACAUUAUGGAAGCUCAGAGAGUGAGUGAUGUUUUUAUUGCAAUAGCGUAUUUUUCGAUACCAAUCGAGCUUCUUUGGUUUAUUAGCUGCUCCAACUUUCCUUUCAAAUGGGUCCUUCUUCAGUUUAUAGCAUUCAUAGUCCUUUGUGGACUGACACAUUUGAUCAAUGCAUGGACUUAUUAUGGACCACACUCAUUCCAGCUGAUACUGUCCCUCACCAUUGCCAAAUUCCUCACGGCCUUGGUCUCUUGUGCAACCGCCAUAACCCUUUUAACUCUGAUUCCUCUUCUUCUCAAAUGGAAGGUGAGGGAGCUUUUCUUAAAGCAAAAUGUGUUGGAAUUAGACCAAGAGGUGGGGAUGAUGAAGAAGCAAAAGGAAGCUAGUUGGCAUGUUAGGAUGCUAACGCAAGAAAUCAGGAAGUCACUUGAUAAGCAUACAAUAUUGUAUACCACUCUGGUUGAGCUUUCUCAGACUUUAGAUUUGCAUAAUUGUGCUGUAUGGAUGCCUAAUGAGAAUAGAACGGAGUUCCAUCUCACCCAUGAGUUGAAGGGCAAUUCUAAAAUUUAUCGCCGUUCUAUCCCGGUAAAUGAUCCAGAUGUGUUAGAAAUACAAGGUAGCAAGGGGGUCAAGGUUUUGAGGCCUGAUUCAGCUCUUGGUGCUUCAAGUGGUAGAGAGUUGGAGGAGUCAGGUGCUGUGGCAGCAAUCCGGAUGCCAAUGCUACAGGUUUCAAAUUUCAAAGGGGGGACACCUGAAUUAGUGGAUACUUGUUAUGCUAUACUGGUUUUGGUUCUUCCAAGCAUGAGUUGUAGAGGCUGGAGCCCUGAGGAAUUGGAAAUAGUGGAAGUAGUUGCUGAUCAAGUAGCUGUGGCUUUGUCUCAUGCGGCAGUUCUUGAAGAAUCAAAAGUCAUGAGAGAGAAACUGAGUGAGCAAAAUCGUGCACUGCAACAGGCAAGGAAUAAUGCAAUGAUGGCAAGCCAGGCAAGGAAUUCCUUUCAAAAAGUGAUGAGCCAUGGGAUGAGGAGACCAAUGCACUCAAUCCUGGGAUUGCUCUCUAUGUUCCAAAAUGAUAAUAUGGGCUUUGAGCAAAGGAUUGUUAUUGACACAUUGGUGAAAACCAGCAAUGUGCUUUCAACUUUGAUUAAUGAUGUGAUGGAUAUUUCAGCAGAAGAUAACACCGGAAGGUUCCCUUUAGGGAUGAGGCCCUUUCGUCUACGCUCCAUGAUCAAAGAAGCUUGUUGCCUUGCUAAGUGCUUGUGUGUGUAUAAAGGUUUUGAUUUUGAACUUGAUGUUCAAAGUUCUUUGCCUGAUCUAGUGAUAGGAGAUGAAAGAAGGGCCUUUCAAGUUAUUUUACACAUGGUUGGAUAUCUUUUAAAUAUCUAUGAUGGAGGGGGGAAUGUCAUAUUUCGAGUUUUUUCAGAGAGUGAUAGCGAGGGCAAGACAGAUAGAAUGUUGGGGAUGUGGAAAUCAAAUGCUCCUGAUGAGUUUGUAUGUAUAAAGUUUGACAUGGAGAUCAGAGAAGGAAGUUCUCUAUCAGAUGGAGCUAGCUCAACCACAAAUUCUUCUGGUAGGAAGCAAAACAGUGCUGAAGCUAAGGAGGGUCUGGGCUUCAUCAUGUGCAAAAGGCUUGUACAGAUGAUGCAAGGUAAUAUCUGGAUAUCUUUGAACCCUCUGGGUUUUGCACAGAGCAUGACUCUGGUUCUUCGGUUUCAAAUCCGACCAUCUUAUGGAAGAGCCACAUUUGCCUCUGGACUUUCCUCAGAACAACCAAGUUCCAUUCCUCAGUUCAGAGGCCUUCGAGUUAUACUUGCUGAUGAUGAUGCUUUAAACAGAACCGUUACCAAGAAGUUGCUUGAGAAGUUAGGUUGUGAAGUGACUGCUGUUUCAUCCGGGUUUGAAUGCCUUAGUGCUCUUAGCUCUGCUGAAAAUUCUUUCAGACUAGUUGUUUUAGAUAUUCAAAUGCCAGAAAUGGAUGGGUUCGAAGUGGCAACGCGAAUCCGGAAGAUCCGAAGUCGUAGUUGGCCAUUGAUUAUAGCUGUGACUUCCAGUGCUGAGGAUAAUGUUUGGGAGAGAUGCCUGCAGAUGGGAAUGAAUGGAAUGAUCCGAAAACCUGUUCUCUUACAAGGGAUGGCAGAUGAGCUUCAAAGAGUUCUUCAGCGGCCCGGCGAGGGAUGACCGGACAUUGUUUUAUAGAGCAAUCUUUCAAGGGUCAUCACUGCUCUUAAAUCAAACAAAUCCAGCAUGGAGAUGUUUAACUUUUAGCGUUAUACUACAUGGUAUACAAAGUGUAAACUUUUACCUCUCUCUAACGCUAGAAUUUCAUAGAAUGGAUAAUGACUCAUGAGAAACAGCAAUUUUUAUAUAACAGCAAAAGGAACCUGAAAAAUUAUUCAGGGAAGUGAAAUAAUACAGAGACUAAAUCUUCCAGA